GGUGUCGCUUUGUGAUCAGGACUGUUUUGAUGCAGUCGGCUAAAAUGUUAGAAGGGACGGUUAGCUGUAAAAACGUCGACAGAAGCGGGUAUUUGUGAAUGUUUUGUAAUUCUAGGUCGGGACGAGCCGAAAUGGACACCCCAGCCCCAUCACCCCGGAGAGAUUUAUAACGGUGAAUCACAUCCUGGCCUCGCAAGAACCCAAACCGUGGCUCUAUUUAUUUUCUAUGAAACAUCCAAUUUAUCCCCAGCUAGAUUCGGUAGAAUCGCUAUUGGACGAACUCCCAUAUAUGUUUUAUCUGGGCCUGUUCUUUGUGAACAUCCUGAUCCUCUAUUAUGCCUUUCUGAUGGAGUACAUCGUCCUGAAUGUGGGGAUAGUAUUUCUGCCUGAGGACAUGGACCAGGCGCUGGUGGACCUCGGGGUGCUGUCCGACCCGGCCUCCGUCCCGUAUGACACGGACACAGAGCUGGAUGUGUUUGAGGGGUAUCUAGAUUGACACAGCUGUCCUGCAGGAAGACAAACACAUUCAAGUAUUGAUGGUGAUGAUGCAGAGGUCCAGGGCAGAUUGGACCAGCGUGAACCUCCCCUGGUCAGGACCGAGGGGGGAAAAAGCCUCAAAGCGGAUGAUGUUGAUGCCUUUUUCUCACAAAGUCAUAUCAGUGAAAAAGUUGUCUAGGCUCAAGAAAAGGUAACUUGAGGAAGAGAUUCAGAACCACCGGCACCAUGAUCAGCGAAGGUCCCGUGUUAAGAGCCCCCUGCGCUGGAUAUGCUGUCGGUCAGUCAGUCGUUUGCCACUCUAAUGGACUCUCGUUGGACACCAUGGAGUUGGCCCCGGCAUCUGUGUCCUUCACAUUGGAGACAAAGAAAGGAAAAAGGAAGCACAAUGUGCUCUGAGCAGAAAGACAGCUGUUCUCUGUGGAUAUACAUGUCACCAGAGAUGUGGAUCAUGACUCUGCAUUGCAGCCAGGUCAGAUACAGAAGCAGGAUGUGACUCGCUGUGAACAAUUACCCCGGAUGAGCAAGAUCUGGUGGCUGACUGCUGAAGAAAGUGAAUAUAAAACUUGCCGUCACAGUGUGAUGUCCUGCACAGUGUGAAGAACUGGCCGACAGCAGGAAACAAUGUCCACUGUGGGUCUGUUGUAGGUCAUUCACAGUACAACCGGUUUUAGUUAUGUUCUUUUUACGUUUUCAGAACACACAAAGCAUUGCUACUUUGAUGGCUCACGCAUCCUUGAAGCGUCAUUUAAAUAUAUAUAUUUUGGGGUCAUCCGUGCUGUUUGUCUGCUUCAGGCAUGUACAGACUCUCAGGGUGCAUAGUUAGGACCUCUGGGUGCUCUGGACACAGGCUGUAAAAGUUGAAGUGAAGAAAAAGCAUCUAGGGAGAGUUAUUUAUUUACAGUAUGUCUGCUGAUAAUCUUUAUCACAGUGAUUGGGUUCACACAUGUUUCAUUUUGUAUUAGAGGCUGACCCCUUGCCAAAUGUGUGAAACUGUUAUCAGCAUGAGUCGUGUCAAAGACAGAACCCUCACCUGAAAGAGAAACUCAGAAGUGCUUCAGAUAUUCAACUUUCUCUGUUAUUUGAUGCAGCCAUGUUUUAUUGUUACGAAAUGACACAGAGAAGACUCAACGCAUGACAUUUGUGUUUUUUUUUUUAUUGGUUUAGUUCCCAAAAUGGUCUUUUAUUACACUUUUUUAUGUUGAAUAUUUAUGAAUUCUUUAAAGAGAAAUGUAUAUUCUCGGCAGCAAUAAUAAACAAGGUUCAAGCAAUGAGGCAAUUCACUACUAGAUGUGUGUAAGCCUUGGAGGCGCUGUACAUACUGUAGGUCUGUUAAGAGCACGUAUAGCCCUGCCUAUUGAUUUUUGAGGCAAUAAAUCAAUAUUUCUUCAGCACAUGACUGCUGUCUGCCAGAAUUAGCUAAUUGUGCUAGUAGUCGUUAUACUCAGAAAUUAGCUUGUUUUCCACAGAAUAAGGGAAGUUUGUUGUCAACUAAAGAUCUAGAGACAAAAAACUAAAUAUUUGCACAUCUACAUUUCUUACUCAAGACAAAUUAAUUGCCUUACUGUCUCAAUUCAAACCAGUCUGCGAGACAUUUCAUCAAAUUGCAUAAAUCGGUAUAUUUCCUGAUAAUAAUGAGUCUGCAGCAGCAUUUAGUUCACGUUACACUAAAGCUCAGGAUACUAAUAUUUAUUUCAUAUUGUAAAAUAUAUGAAUGGUGAAAUCAAACCACAUCAUGCUGGAGGUAGAGGGCUUUAACAGGCUGUUAUCAGUACAAUGAGUUAGGUACAUCACAUAUGAAAGACUCCCUAUAUUUUAACAAUCAAUUGCAAGUGAAGCUGUUACAUUGGGAGGAUGUACUUUUGUAUGCCAACUGUUAAUAAAUCAUUGGUGGUAGUUGCACUGUGCCGUUUCCCAGGCAUGAUAACACACUGUGUUUGAUCAACUCUACUCAAAUGUUAGUUUAGAACCCUGUGAGACUUCACAAGGACUGUGAUCGUACCCUCCACGUCUGCUUCUAUAAAGACAUGCACAUGCUAUAAUAAGCUUUGGAUUGUAACAGAGUUUUAUUUUCCGACGUGUAUUUAAUAAACUAUGAGCGAAUACCAA